AUGGUAAUCAAGUUUGUUUUAGCUUUCCUGGUUGGCCUCGCGGCGGUGCAAAGCGGAUCGGCGGGACACGCUCACAGUUUCGCGCAUUUCCAUGGCCCCGUCGAGGGUCCCGCGGAAGAAAUCUCGCACCACGGCAAACAUGGACACCACCACGAUUAUGUGGCCCACCCGAAAUACGACUUCUCCUACGGCGUGGAAGACCAUCAUACCGGCGACCAUCACGGCCAGAAGGAGCACAGAGAUGGCAAGAACGUGGUCGGUGAAUACUCGAUCAAAGAACCAGGCGGCAACGUGAGAGUCGUCAAGUACCACGCCGACCCUCACGGAGGAUUUUUCGCUUACGUUCACAAUUCCAACGGCAACAAUCACGAGGGUGGCACUUACGGUGGGCACGGAGGAUCGCACGGCCACGGACAUUAUUAA